AUGCUGUCCAGGCCUAUCUUUGCCCUACUCUCCCUCCUCAGCCUCGUACACGCUCAUACCGUCAUCACAUAUCCGGGAUGGAGGGGAGACAAUCUACAUUCCAGCGGCACCGUACUGGAAACCAAUGGCUUGGGCACUUUGGAGACAAACUCGAACAAUGAAACACUUUUCCCCUACGGCAUGCAAUGGAUAUAUCCUUGCGGUGGAAUGCCGACAUCCCAAAAUAGGACCAAAUGGCCAGUCAAAGGCGGAGGCGUCGCAUUCCAACCAGGUUGGUUUGCUGGCCACGAAACUGCCUUCGUCUUCAUCAAUCUUGGUCUCGGCACCAUACCCCAGAAUAUGUCCCUUUCCAUGCUCAACGGUAUCCAACUCAUCGGGCCGACCAAAGAUCCCUAUCCUGGCAGCUUCUGCUUCCCACAAGUCCCACUUCCCGCCGGCAUUACCGUUAAUGUAGGCGACAAUGCCACCAUUCAAGUCAUCGAACUGGCUGUCCAUGGCGCCGCUUUGUACAACUGCGUCGACAUUACCUUCGCAGAACCCGAAGACGUCGAAUUGCUCACCCCGGAUAAUUGCUUCAAUUCCUCUCAGAUCAGCAGUUCGCUGGUUUUUACCACCACGUCAUUGACCGAAGAAUCCACCGCUGCCCAACUAUUCACGAGUCCAAUGGCUUAUUUAAUUGCCGUGGCCGUCAUGAUACUCAGCAUGAUGCUCUUGUGA